AUGUUAAGCGCUGCUCAGGAUAUACUUAAUCGGAAGGAGCGGUCACCAUUCGUGCAAAAUGUGACAGAUGUAUGCGUGCCAGAAAUCACAUCUCGAAUCUGUUCACCGACAUCUGCUGGUGUUGUUUUAUUGUGCAACAUCGUUCCGGCAUUAAUGGUGAAGCUGAUGUGCCCAUUUGUCAUGCAUCGGAUACCUUAUGGGAUUCGACACUUCGUCAUCUGUACCCUCCAAGCGACGUCCUUGUUGCUGACGGCGUUUGCAGAAUCCGUGCCUGCAGCUCUUGUCGGUGUCUGCGUGGCUUCUCUUGCUGGAGGAUUCGGUGAGACCACGUAUCUCGGCCUUGCUGGUCACUAUUCAAAGCAUACGAUAGCCACAUGGUCAUCUGGGACUGGUAUGGCAGGUCUGGCUGGGGCAUUCUCGUAUGCUGGUAUGACCGAUGCACGACUACUGGCCCUCACAUCCACCCAAGCAAUGCUUGUCAUGCUCGUCGUACCGGCCAUGUUCGCAUUUACCUACUACAUUGUUCUCGUUCGAGCCCCUACCAUCCGGGAGAUCAGCGUGGUUCGGCCAAGCGAGUGGUUUUCUAGCAGCCAGUCUCUGGAGAUAAAGGUUUCGCCAAGUACUACUGGUAUCGACAAGCAGCUUUCUGCUCAGAGCGGCAUUGUGGAACAACUGAAAAUUGCCAAGAGUUUACUCAAGUACAUGGUGCCAAUGUUCCUCGUCUAUGUCGCCGAGUAUCUCAUAAAUCAAGGCUUGUUAGAGCUUACCAUAUUCGACUGCGCUCACGGUUAUGGUACCAGUCCAGCAAGCCAAUAUCGAUGGUAUCAGGUGAUGUAUCAGACAGGUGUAUUCAUAUCUCGUUCAUCGUUAAAACUCAUCCAAUUCAACAUGACGUUGAUAGCAUUGAUGCCUUUACUCCAAUUGUUGAACACGAUAUUUCUGACGUUCAAUGCGAUAUACGCAUUCGUUCCAAGUUUUGGAAUGGUUUGUGCAAUGAUACUAUACGAAGGACUCAUAGGUGGCGGAUCUUAUGUGAACACUUUUCACCACAUCCAUAGAAAGGUUGACCCCUCCAUAAGGGAGUUCGCCUUGUCCACAGUAUCCUUGGCGGACACGCUCGGCAUUCUGGUAGCCGCUCUGAGCGCAAUUCCACUACAUAAUGCCAUUUGUUCAAUGCAGUGGUAUGGCUAG